UCAUUUGGGAUUGUGGGUGUGGAUAUGCGUGGACUGGUAGCUCUCGAGCGGUCACGUGUCCAGGGCGCGCGCAGCUGCCACACGGGCACGCGGAAAGAGGAGGGCCAGACGGUGGCCGCACGCGAGAGAGAAACGCACACACGCACACUUGACAGGCGUCGUGCACGAGCGAUGCUACUCUGUUCUUCUAGAAAACAAAGCAACACUAAGUGGGUUUUUUUUUCCCUUUAUGAAACUUGAUUUUUGACAUUACAUUAGACAAGUUCUCCAGAAGGCUACAAGUGUCCAAGAAGACAGAAUAAAUUUAAAGAGAAGCAAAGCUGCUUUUCGUCGAUUUAUUAUUAUUAUUAUUAUUAUUAUUAUUAUUAUUAUUAUUAUUAUUUCAUCUCUGGAGUUUUUUUUUUCCCAGAAGACAUCAUCAUCAUCAUCAUCAUCAAGUGUCCCAAAUCCUCUAGAGGAAAACCAGGAGCGACCUCACCGACUAAAUCCUUCAAAAACACCCUUUAAAGACUUGAAGGAGAGAUGGAGGUGGUGAUGGGGGGAACCAGACGCUGAAGAAGCAAGAUUGUUCAAAAAUCAGCUGCCCGGCUUCUCAGCAACACUCAGUCCCGAUCCGGCACACCAUGCUCUCCUUAGAUGAGCCACUGGACCUGAAGGUCUCAUCGAGCCGGGACAGAACUCACAGAACAUCCAUCUGUGCCCCGCUACGAUUCGCCCGAACCAGAAUACCACGCCCGACACGCAGCUCUGACACGGAUAUCGUGGACUCUCCCACAUCCUCGAAGCCAGACCUCAGUGUGUGUCUCUCAUCUCCUCCCUCUCCUCAACACUCCUCUUCCAGCUGUGGUCCCCUGUCGCCCCCUCAGGCCAGGGAUUCAGAGACGAUGGGUUACCUGGAGGGUGAAGCUGCUGCUUCUCCUCCUCCUCCUCCUCUACGUCCUCCGGGUUUCCAGUUUUUCCUGCCGAUCGGGGCAGGGGGUAGCCUCCUCCCACCCAGCUCGAUACUCAGUGCUCAGCGCCGGGACAGACGGGAAUCUCCUGAACCAGCGGAUGAACAGCUCGCCUGCCGCUGGCUCCGGUGCCACCUGCUGUUCGAGUGCUUGCAGGAUCUGGUGGAUCAUGUGACCGAGUCCCAUGUAAAGCCAGAGAGGAGCUCAGGCUACUGCUGCCACUGGGAGGGGUGCGCGCGCAAGGGCCGCGGCUUCAACGCCAGGUACAAAAUGCUGAUCCAUAUCCGCACACACACCAAUGAGAAACCCCAUCAGUGUCCCAUCUGUAGCAAGAGCUUUUCCCGGCUGGAGAACCUCAAAAUACACACCCGUUCACACACAGGAGAGAAGCCAUACGCGUGUCCGUACGAGGGUUGUGGAAAGCGCUACUCCAACUCCAGUGACCGCUUUAAGCACACGCGAACACACUACGAGGACAGACCCUACUGUUGCAAGAUGGCCGGCUGUCCCAAGCGCUACACAGAUCCCAGUUCCCUCCGUAAGCACAUCAAGGCCCACGGCCACUCUGUCUCAACAGGUGCAGAACCAACCACGACAACCACAGAUCCUUCAACCCCUGCUGCUUCAGCAGGAGCUCAUCUGAUGUUGCCUGGGGCUGCACUGGCUCUCCUGCACGCCUUCACGGGGCCACUCAUGGCUCUGGGUGCCUCUCCACUCGAUCUCUCCAUGUCUGCAGGGCACAUGGGGGCGGAAGCUGUGCUCCGUCAGAACAACAUGGCUCCAGGGCUGGGCAAGAUGCCUCUCUUUGAUCCUUUAAUGCUUCCUUCGUUUGGGCUGGAGGCGAAGCAAAGGGUCUUGAAGAAGAAGGGUGGUGGUGGUGAGGAUCAUCAUGAUAACAGGGAGGUAGAAGAAGGGUGCAGCGCUUUGUCCUGGGUGUUUGUCCCACCUGGUAUGAUGAUGCUCAAGCAGGCGGUGGUCAGCUAGACCAUCAUAAGUCAUGCCAUAAGUCACAUUAUGUGUAAAAAUGGUGUAAUCUAAAACGUUGACGCCACCAUGCUAAUUUAGCUCAUUUAAAAGUCUUAAAUCUGGUUACCGAACAAGCUUUGAAGUGUAUUCUGGGCAGAAACCCAAAGAAACAUGCAGUAUUUCCCCCCCCUCCC